AUGGCUGCGUGUCUUGUGCUCGUCCUGGCUGCGCUGGCCAUCGUCCCACACCCGCUCAAGGUCAGUGACCAGACCGAUGUGGGCACGCAAGAGCGAGCGCAGCAGCGCCUGCAGCAGCUCCAGCACAAGAUGCUUCAGCUGCAGCAAGAGGUGGAGCACCUCAUCCGGCAGGAGAGCAACGCCAGCAAGCAGGAGCUGGUCUUUGCCGCCUGCCACUGGUGGCAGCUCUGGGAGCCCGUGGGAGCCCUUGUGCUGCUCUUGGCACACUGCUGGCUGGCCAGGAAGCCCGCCCGGGGGUCGCAGAGCAGCAGCCAGCUGAGCACCUCCGGCAGCAAGGAAGAGGAGAAGGAGGAGGAGCGCCUAGAGCACUGGCCUCCAGGCAGCUUCCUGCAGCAGCACCUCCAGUGGCCGCCGCAGGACUCAACCAACACCUCGAAGGUGGUGGAGGAGCUGGUGGGCGAUCUGCUCUCGGCCUGCCGAGUGCUCACCUUCAGGUCUUUCUUCCCACGCCUGGCACCGAGCAUCCACAUGCGCAGGGCCUGUCCGGGCUGCAACCCUUGCCAGCACAACACCUACAGCCUGCUGGUGCCCCUGAGGCCGCCACCCGGGCAUGCCUUCCACCUGGAGGUAGCCAGCACCCGGCAGCAAGCGCCAGGCCACGGCCGCGUCCGCGUGCAGCUGCAGUGCAUGUGCGCCAGGCAGCGGCUGCUGGGCGAUGUCCUGUGCUUCCUCCACCAGCCCCAGGCACAGCUGGCCACAAAGCAGGGGUCCUGCCUCCUACGCACCCUCUGCACCCGCUCCUACCUCAACGUGCAGAAAACCGCGUGCUGGUUCCAGCAAGUCGUGCAGAAAGCCUGGCACCUCUUGCCUCCCUCCCACCACUGCCAGCUCGUGGUGCUGCCCUCGUCCCGCGCCUGCAAGCUGCGGCUGGCCAAUGCCUCUGGGAGCAGCCUGCUCAUCCACAUCAUCUUUGGGGUGCAGCAAGGCAACUUGGGCAUCUUCUGGCCAGCCAGUGGAGCCACGCCGGCCUCCUCAGAAGUACAGCACUGCUGGAGAAGCGCACUGGGCCACACACGCUCUUGUGGAGGGGCAGGGCCCCGUAGGGCAGAUGCCCCCUCCAGCGGCUGCACUGUCUCGCCUCUCUCCUCCACGGAUCGCUGCUUUCCUCCUUCUGCUUGAAGAGCUGGACGUACGCCUCUGCAGGCUCCUGCAUCUCCCGCAGCAUCUCUCGGAGAUCUCAUCAUGCCUGGUGGACACAUCGCUGCCUGGUGGACACAGGCCUCCAUCGCUUCCACUCUGGCAACAAGGAGGUGCCUCUGGCUACGCCAGGCACCUGCAGGGACAGCACAGGAGCCUGCUGCGCUAAGCAUGCUGACAGAGGUCUUCCUGCCGAGAGCUAGGGCGGCAGCCUUCACGCCGCCAGCCACCAAGCAUCCCGACCUCCACCUCCAGAAAAUCC